CCGGUGAGUGCCACGGACGCCGAGCCGGCAGCUGCUGCCCCGGCCGGAGCUGCUGAGGAGGAGGAGCCCCAGGGGCCUCUGGCUCCUGAGGAAGAAGAGGCAGAAGGUUCUGCAGCCUUCAGAGAGCAGGUGCCAUGGGCAGGGACACAGAGCCCGGUCCCUGCCCCACACAGCCCCUCAGAGGGCAGCGAGGCCCUGCUGGACACAAAGCAGUACAUCACGUGUGGGAUCGUGAGGAAGGCUGAGCUUGUGAUCCAGGGAUCCAGCCAGGAGCCAGAGGAACAGAGAAACCUGGAACAAACCAUGGAUACAGACAUGGUCACAACACUUACAGCAGAAAGGACAGAGAGUCCAGACCCUGCCCUGCAGAGCCCCCCAGAGAGCACCCAGGAUCUGCUGGACAUGGCCUUUUACCUCUUCAGGGAGAUCAUGAGGAAGGCCGAGCGUGUGCUCAGCUGCUGGCCGGAGGAACAGAGGGUCCCAGAAAGAAGCACGGCUACAGAAAUGAUAACAACAAUUCCAGCAGAAAGGACAGAGAGCCCGGUCCCUGCCCCACACAGCCCCUCAGAGGGCAGCAAGGCCCUGCUGGACACAGACCAGUCCAUCACCCGUGAGAUCCUGAGCGAGCCUGAGCUUGAGAUCCAGGGAUCUCACCAGGAGCCAGAGGAACAGAGAAAUCUGGAACAAACCAUGGAUACAGACACGGUAACAACAGUUACAGCAGAAAGGACAGAGAGCCCAGUCCCUGCCCCACAAAGCCCCUGCUCCCCCAGCAGCCCCUCACCUUCCCAGGUGAAAGCCCAGGCCCUCAGCGAGCAGGAGGAGGGAGCAGGAGGGGACUCAGUCCUGGCAGUGCAAGACACUGACGAGGGGCCCUUCCCUGGGGAGGGCAUAGACUGGAAAUACUACGUUGACCAAGACAUUUCCCAGUGGGAAGAUGAGGGAGACCAAGAGUUGUCCCAAGAAGACAUCAGCACAUACCAAGAAAUGUCCCAGUGGGAAGAGUGCAUUGAGCAGGAGCUGUCCCCUGGAGAAGUCAAGAGCUCCCAGGAAUUGUCUGACUGGGAAGAAUACGGUGAGGAAGAGGAGCCCCAAGGAGAAGUGAAGAGCUACCAAGAAGUGUCUGACUGGGAAGAAAACAUGGAGCAAGAGCAGUCCCAAGGAGAAGAGAGUAGCAGCCAAGUGUCUGACUGGGAAGAAUACAGUGAUGAAGAGCUGUCCCACAGAGGAGUGAAGAGCUACCAAGAAGUGUCUGACUGGGAAGAAAACCUCGAGCAAGAGCAGUCCCAUAGAGAGGAGAGUAGAGGCCAAGAAGUGUCUGACUGGGAAGAAUACAGCGAGGAAGAGCUGUCCCACAGAGCAGUAAAGAGCUACCAAGAAGUGUCCGACUGGGAGGACCCAAGUGAGGAAGAGCAGUCCCAAGGGGAAGGCAGUAGCUACCAAAAACUGCCCGACCAGGAGGAAUACAGCGAGGAAGAGCAGUCCCAAGAAGUCAAGAGGCACGAAGAACUGUCCGACUGGGAGGACUCCAGUGAGGAAGAGCAGUCCCAAGAAGUCAAGAGGCACGAAGAACUGUCCGACUGGGAGGACUCCAGCGAGGAAGAGCAAUGCCACGGAAAAGGCAGUAGCUCCCCAGAAGUGACCAACUUGGAAGAAUGCAGCAUGAAAGUGCAGCCCCAAAGAAAAUUCAGUAACUACCAAGAACUCCUGUCCGACUGGGAGGACCCCAUUGGCCAAGAGCUGUGCCAGGAUGAAGACUCCUUGGGCCAGGACUUUUCCGCCUGGGAAGACUACACACCCUCCUGGCUGUCCCGAUGGGAAGAUGACAGCGACAGAGAGCUGGCACUGGCGGACUGGGAACACAGGAGCGUCCCCAGCUUGGGGGUGAAGGCCUUGCUCCCGGAGGAGGAUGAGUGGGAGGAACUGAGCGUGCUGGAGCUG